AUGGCGGCCAAUACAGCAUUCCUCAUGCGGAACAGACAACAGCAAUGCCAAAGGCUUGGUAUCGUGGUAUAACUCGAAAAGAUGAUGGAUUUGAUGAGGACAGAGAAGUGAACAUACUGAACAUGCCGCGAGUCGCUCCCAAUGAGCGGCCCCUGGGCUCCACAGUGAGCUUGGGGCAGACCAGCAUGCAGAGUCUCAAGUUUGACGACAAGGCUAUCAAUAUUGAAGAACAGGGUGCCUUUGUAGACUACAGUCUCACGAAUCAAGAGGUGCGGUUUAUGAAGAAGGUCAAGCGAAGAGAAUGCAAGAGUUUUAUUGAAAAAACUAACCAGGACCCAUCCUUAGAUGAACCGGUUUGCCAGUGUGACUAUCCUAAGUCUCGCCACUCGGAGGAGGCCAUCAAUGCUGGUCAAGCGGGUGGGAAAUGGAUGCCUGGCCUACACACGAAAAGUCUACCGACGAAUGCCUUUGGAGAGAUUGAGUUUGUGGGUUAUGGAGAUAAAGUUGGCAAAUACGUGCGUGUAGACGUUGACACACCCAUGGACACCAUGCUGUCACUUCUGACCGAGGCCUGGGGCAUGGAGAAGCCAAACCUGCUCAUCUCUGUCACAGGUGGGGCGAAAAACUUCACCAUGAAGGCUCGGCUGAGGGAGGUGUUCCGACGUGGUUUGAUGAAAGCUGCACUCAGCACAGGAGCCUGGAUAGUGACAGGAGGAACCAACACGGGUGUGAUGAAGCACGUUGGUGAGGCUGUGAGGGACUUUGGACUGACCUCCGAAGGUCGUGUGAUGACCAUUGGGAUUGCCCCCUGGGGUUGUGUGCAGAACAAGGAACAUCUCAUCACAAAUGACAACCAAGGCAAGUGGCCCGCCCUGUACAGAAUCGAGAAAGAUGUGAAGAAGAGACAAUCAUUUCUGGAUCCGAACCACACACACUUCAUCCUGGUGGACAACGGCACACAGAUGCAGUUCACUGUGGAGAUUCCGUUCCGUGCCAAGCUGGAGGAAGCAAUUGCUGCACAGAAGACAGACACGGGGACAGAUGCUGUUGCUGUCCCUGUAUGUCUGCUGGUCCUGGAGGGUGGGCCCGGCACUCUACAGACGGUGCACUCCUCCCUGAUGAGUGCCACGCCCACUGUUGUCAUCAAGGGAUCUGGAAAAACUGCUGACAUUCUUGCCUACGCCUAUCAGAAUGCUCGAGAAGAGGAAGUCAUUGGUUUGGAUCAGCAAGGAAAUGAAGUGAAAGGGACCAACACUAUUCUCGACCCGCAUGUACUUGCCGAGAUCACAGAGAUGGUGCAGACGACCUUCGGAGAGGCUAGCCUUGCCACUCGGGUUCAGUGGGUCCGCGAGUGCUGUCGCAACCUUGACCUGCUGUCUGUCUUUGAGUUGGACUCAAAAAAUUCUGCCAGAGACGUUGAUCUUGCUAUCCUGAAGGCCUUACUGAAAGCGAACAAGCAUCAAGUUAUGGAUCAGCUGAAGCUAGCUCUUGCCUGGAACAGAAUUGAUGUUGCCAAGUCUGAAAUCUUUACAGAUGAGCGAAGAUGGCCUACGGGCAUGCUGGACGAGGUGAUGAUGUCAGCCAUACAGCUCAACCGUGUGGACUUUGUGGAGCUCUUCCUGGACAAUGGGGUCAGCCUCAAGGACUUCCUGUCCAUCAAACGUCUCAUCAUGCUCUACAAUGAGAUUCCGCGCAACAGUCUUCUGUACACCUUGCUAACCAGGGUCAAGGGAAAAAUGGAUGGAGGGGAAGAACGACAGCUCAUAUCCAUCGCCGACGUCGGCCACCUCAUCCAAGAACUCCUGGGGGACUUUUACCAGCCUCACUAUCUAACUGACCAGCGACUACGGGACAUAGACACGGACGCCCUGUUUGGCCUGACCAGCAAAAAGACGGGGAUAAAGAGAGGGAUCACCAUGGCACAGCUGGUGACUUCCUCAGCAGCUACUGGAUCUUACAUAGACCCGUCCCAGGGCUCCGAUAACAUUGACUUCUCUCGACCUGCUCAGGAGCUCUUCAUCUGGGCUGUGCUGAUGAACCACCGCCGGUUAUCCAAAGUUUUCUGGAGAGAGGGAAAGGAAGCGACAGCAGCUGCUCUGUUUGCCAGCAGUAUUUGCAAGUCCAUGCGGAGGUACACGUUUGAUGCAGAACUUGGGAGACAGUUGGAAGCUACCUCGGAAGACUACGCCCAGCUGGCGGUGGGUGUGAUCAACACGUGUUACGGCAUGGAUGAGCGGCGGACCCAUGAGCUCCUCAUAAGGGACAUGCCCCACUGGGGCUGCUCCACCUGUGUGCUGCUGGCCGCUCAGUCGGACAACAAGCCGUUCAUCUCACAGACCGCCUGCCAGUCGCUCCUCAACUCCAUCUGGAUGGGCAAAAUAGCCCACGAUAAUAGUCUGCUUUGGAUCAUCUCCAGCAUUCUCCUGUUCCCUCUGGUUCAGUUUGGCAUCAGAUUCAAGGAAGACGACCAGCCGAAACAGGUGGAAAUCCAGGGUACCUCCCUGAGUGAGGAAAACGGCAACACUACUUCUAAAGAGAAGCCACGGCUGGCACGGAGGGACACAAAUAUCAAACCGGCCUUGUCCAGGGAACCCACCACAUUCCAGCUAGACGUCCAAGCCUCCGAGUCAACUCCCCCGAAGAAAGGAUACAGCAUCCUCGACAAACAUUUCAUGUUCUACAGGUCUCCAGUGGUCAGGUUUAGCGUCAAUGUGAUUGCCUACAUCGUCUUCUUGCUGCUGUACGCCUAUAUCCUGGUGGUGCAACUGACGCGAGAGUUCCACGUUGUGGAGGGCAUUCUCAUUGGAUGGGUGUUCGCCAUUUUUGUGGAGGAAAUUCGACAGCUAACAUCCCAGUAUGCACACACAGUCCAGUCGAAGAUUAUAUCGUACAUCCACGACCGUUGGAACGUUCUGGAUGUGGUCACCAUCCUCCUGUUCAUCCUGGGGAUGGUGUUCCGCUUCAUUGAGAACGACGACUUUAUGGACGCGGCCAGAGUGAUUCUCAGCAUCAACUUUAUCACGUUUUUCUUCCGAGUCCUUCACAUUUUCUCCGUCAGUAAGCAGCUGGGACCCAAAGUGGUUAUGAUAACCAGAAUGGUCCAAGACUUGCUGUGGUUUGUGGUCAUCCUCCUGGUAUUCAUCGUGUCCUACGCCAUUGCCUCAGAGGCCGUCUUAUAUCCCAACUCAGAGCUCAACUGGAAGCUUCUCUUCUUCCUACCCCGCAAAGCCUACUGGCACGUCUACGGAGAGCUGCUACUUGAGGACAUUGAAGGAGAGAGCUCCUGUACCAACGACCCGGCACUGUACAACAAUUACACAGAACUGAGGUGUCCGUCCACCGUGGGACGCUACUUUGUGCCAAUCCUCAUGGGCUGCUACAUCCUGCUGACCAAUGUCCUUCUGCUCAAUCUGCUCAUUGCCAUGUUCAGCUACACAUUCCAGUCCAUCCAGGAGAACACAGACAUGCACUGGUGCUUCCUACGCUUCAACCUGGUCUACGAGUACACGCAGCGACCAGCUUUGCCCCCACCCUUCAUCAUCUUCUCCCAUGUUUACAUUUUCUGGCGCUACGCCUGUUGCCGUCGUGGCCAAAGAAUCCAUCCUUUCGAUGAGUUCCGCAAAGAAUUCAGCAGCAAGCUAGAGGAGAAGCAGCUGAUCCAGUGGGAGAAUGUCAUUGCUGACAAUUACCUCAGCGUCACCGAGAAGAGUGAGGCCAAUAGUGUCUCUGGAAGAGUGAAGAGUUCCCUGGAAAGACUGGAGACUAUCUUGGCCAAGGUGGACGAGCUACAGGAGAGUCACGGCGCUGUGGGCCAGGGUCCCCAAGGGCUGCCAGCUGAUGGUUUCUCCGUGCAGAUCCCUCCCAUGUUGCAGAAACGAUUGGACAGUGUCGAGAAACAGCUUGUUUUGACCACCCAGGCCCUGGACUGGAUCAUGAAGUCCCUACAGGAGAACAACAUGGCCACUAAGACUGCCAAGCCUCUCAUGCCUGACCUGGAGAAGGAGAAAAAAGAAGAAGAGGAGAAAAAGAAGAAAAAGAAGGAGGAGAAGGAAAAGAAGCUGGUGCAAGAUUUGAUGGAGAAGAAAAUCAACUCCCACUACAAGUCUCGUUUGUCCCCGUACCUUGGCAGUAAUGUCACCCGCUUCUCAGUGCCUGAUGAGAAAGUUCUGUGGGAGAUUGAGUUUCCAGACUAUGACCCGCCCACUUACACAUCUGUGGAGGUUUUAAAGCAACCUGCAUACGCUGAUGAGGAUUUGUUAGCCAUGAGCCCGGAGGUGAGGAAAGAAAGGUAUCCUUUCAAUCAGUACGACAAGAAGUGUCGCAUCAGCCGAGUCAGUCUGUACAAGCCGUACGACGUGGUGGAUGGCCUGCCCGUCAACCCCAUUGGUCGAACCGGACUCAGGGGGCGGGGUGCUCUGGGCCGUUGGGGCCCCAAUCACGCUGGGGACCCUAUUGUGACAAGGUGGAAAAUGCUGGAUGACGGCACAUGUGCCAUGAAGGAUGGGAAACCUGUGCUACAGUUUGUGGCUGUACAGAGGAAGGACAACUCUCUGUGGUCCAUCCCUGGGGGCAUCUGCUCUCCCGGAGAAGAGCCGUGGAACAUUUUGAAGGCUGACUUCUCCGAAGACGUUCAUGGUACUCUUCUCGACAAUCCGGAGGCCAAACGGGAAAUCAUGGCGCAACUUGACCAGUUGGCAGCCUUGGGGCAUGAGGUAUACAAUGGCUAUGCUGAUGACCCAAGGAACACAGACAAUGCUUGGCUGGAAACACGGGUGGUGAACUACCAUGACGCUGAAGGGAAAAUCCUACAUCAUUUCAACUUGAGGGCUGGUGAUGAAGUUGAACUGGUGACCUGGCAGACUAUUGGGAGCCACUCCAAUCUUCAUGGCGCCCACUCUUUCUUCCUCAAGCUGGUGGCUGACAGACACCAGGCGGCGUUUUGACCUCGUCUCAUGGUCUUAAUCCUCCUCGUGCCUGUCACUUCCCCCCCCCCCCCUCCCCCCAUGUGAAGUCUGCAGUUUUUGGAACAGCGUUAUGAGUCAUAUCGUUGACGUACUACAGUAUCCUCAUGACUGUUGUGUCUGACUGGCAGGACUGCAAGUGCUGUUUUGCAAGGGGUCUGGUUGGUGUCUUUUGGCGUCUAGUCAAGGUAAACUGUUGGGUAAAAAGUGUACAGGUAUUUAUGAAUGGGAGACAGGUACCAAGCGAGAGUAUUUGCAGAUUCGGAGCGCAUAGAUGCACCAUAAGCAGGACAUAGUUUUAAUUCUGCGCUUCACAUUUGGCUGUGAUUUGUUUGCAAAACACGUAGAGUAAAACUUUUGGCUAAAUGCGAUGAAGUAUUUCAUCUACUUCGAUGAAGUAUUUCAUCUACUUCGAUGUUCUACGGAUUAUAGAUGCUUUUGUGAUGGAUUUGUGCCUUUGUCAUAGAGUCAUGUAGAGCUGUAGUUACGUGUCGUAAAAAUACCUGACCUCUGUGUCAAUGUUUCUUGUUACCAUCACCUCUCACCAUGUUAUUGUAUUGUUAUUUGAAUACGUUGGAGUCUGCUUAAAGCGAAAUGUGUGGGACUGCCGAAUUUUUGUUUGGAUUAGCCAUGUUUUCAGUUCAGAGAGAUUGCUCAAAUAGCGAAGAAAAAAUCAGGGAUUCUGUUUUAUAUUAGCGCAUUCAGUUUAAGCGUACUCCUUUGUAUUUUCCUUGUUAUAUACAAAAUAGACUCUCGAGCCAUGUGAGAAUUACUAAUUUUAUGUACAUGAUAUAUACAUGUUCUAUUUUAUAGCAAGUUUGGACCAUUCCUUUGUGUGCAAAGGGUAUUCUUUUGAUACUUUAAUGUUAGUCGUUUGAUUGGUAGGCCUUUAAGGUUAAAAAAAUCACUGACAAAAAGCAAUGUUUUUCUUAACUUCAUCUUUUAAAAAAAUUUUUGUUCAUGUUGUUACAUUCCCUAAGUAUGUAUUUAUCAGGGUUUUACAGAUUUACAGACGAAAAUCUUUACGCUAUUGUGUGUGGCCCCCUCUGAAAGUUACUUUACCUUUUGUGCAUUAUUGAAUUACCAGUCGCACCAUGAAAGCCUGCUUUGAGGACACAAAACUUUUCUUGCAUUCCACAUGUCUCUCUCUCUCUCUUCUCUCUCUCUCUCUCUCUCUCUCUCUCUCUCUCUCUCUCUCUCUCUCUCUCAUCUCAAAGCUACAAAUAUUUUAUGUCUACAGUCUAGGAUGGUACAAAAACUAGAUCUAUUGAUAGACCUAAUGUCUGAACACAUCCCCAGAAAGUGUAUUAGUAGGUGAAGGUCAGGAUGGAUCCAUUCAAGGUUGUCAUGUACAUCCUGAGGGAAAAAAUAUUGAGAACAAUUAACAAGUGGUCACUUCUCAGCUCAUUUAGGCAAUGUAGACUAUCCUGUAUAAAUUACUUGGCAUAUUAUUAAUUAUUGUAGGAUUCAGAUGUAAAAACACUUUUUCCUUUAAACUACCUAUCUAAAAGUAUAUAGUUUGUUCUUUUGGUCUAUGAUUUUGUGGUUAACUCUUUCCGGACGUAUCGCCGAUAUAUCGGCUCGAGUCCACACCCCUUCCAACGUAUCACCAAUACAUCGGCUGUGAUAGGGUGCUUCAGUUUUGUUUCGCUUUAACACGAUCCUUCAUUUCUUUUCAUUGCUAUUGAAAACCUGGGAAAGGAUUUAGGAAACGAAAAUAUCUAGUUUCACUUUGUCAAA